GAGGGUAGUGGUGGAUCUGUGAUGAUGACAGCGGAGAUGGUGGCGACAGAGGCAGAGGAGCAGUGACGAUGGUAACGGUAGAGGUGGUGACAGUCGGCAGAGUUGUAUAGUUGUGUGUAAAAACCCAUUUCAAACAUAUACAUAUGUAUGAAUGCUAAUGUUAUAAAUAGCAUAUGAACACACACCUACAUAUAUAUACGCACACACAGUCUGUGUGUGUGUCAUAUGUUAGAUAUUCGGAAAGACAGGCGCAUUAGCAUCCUCGAAUAAAAUAAGUAUUUUACACACAUAUACAGACGAAUACAUACAAAACACGUACAUUUAUACGCAGUCAGUUUGGCCGUCAUCGUUAUUAAAGAGAACAUCAAGAGGAGACAUAAUAUACAUUACCAGAGUUUACCAGAACACGAGGAACCAGCUGAAAAGUAAUGUCAACUGACAGAUUGUGACGACUGCUCUAAUGUUAUGUCCAAUCCAGCUAAUACGCCAUUUGCUUCACAAACUCCACCACCUCCACCAUAUUCAACACAACCAAGGCCUGGACAGAAAACCCUAGAGACAUUCCCUUAUCCUCCCCCAGCUGGAGCCCACCCCACAGCACCACCCUACUCAAGUUACCAGGCACCAGGACAGUACCCACCAAUGGCACAGCAAAUGCCACCAGGCUAUUAUGCUGGAGGUCCCUAUCCACCGGGACAGCCAGCACCUUAUCCUCCAAUGCAACCAGGCUACGGACCCCCACAACAACCAGUUUACUAUGGACAACCUCAGCCAUACGGUCAGCCUACAUAUAUUGUCGAGGAAAGGCGCCGAAAUGACACGGAAUCCUGUUGUUUGCUUGCCCUGUGUGCCGCUUGUCUUGCCUGUUGUUGCCUGGAUGCCUUAGACUGAUCGUACUUAUUGUACCGUUAUAAUUGUAAUAAUAAUAAUGUCGACAUGGUGAUGAUACUAAUAACAAUGUUGGACUCUUCUUCAGCCUUAUGUAAAAAUAAAACAAAAAAAAAAAUCUGACCCCACAAAAACAUUGACCACCAA